CAGCAGACGAGAGCCAGCCGGAGGUGGGGAGGGGGGGAGGAGAGGGAGGCAGAAGCAGGCGCAGGGGCCGACGGAAGCAGAGAGCGCUUAGAGCCGAGCGGAGCAGCAGACGAGCGAGGGAGAGAGAGAGAGAGCAAGCGUAGUUCUGGAAGUUUAACGGAAGCAUUGCCGUGUGGCGCAGGGUAGAGAGUUUGCGAGGACUUUGUCCCUAUUUCCAUGAUUCCACGAGGAAGACGGUAUACCAACGCAGGGUGAUUGUGUCUCUCCUAGUACGUGGGCGAUUUCAUCGGCGCGGCGGGGUAUUACGAGCAGGAGCUUACGAGUUACUGGCCAGCCGGCCUCGAGAGCAGCAGCAGGGGAGGGAGAUGAGGUGGCCGGUCGGAUGAUGAGUAAGCAGGAAUGUUGGAGCGAGGUGUGGAUAGGCGUUGGUGUAGCGAACGUUAGUAGGCGUCGAGAUCCAUCGAUUCGUUAGGUUGGACAGGGCGGGGUUCGAAUUCGCGCCCCGAACCAACGGCACGGUGGAGCUCUCCUAUAAGAAGGCUCGGGCCUGUGGAAUUUGUUGCUGUGCAGGGCCUCUGGGCAGACAGGAGACCUCCGGAGUCGACUCGAGAGAGGAAGGGGGAAUGCAGGCCUCGUGAAAUUUUGCUGCUGCAGUUCGGAAUAUCGCUAAUUUACUGGCCGAUUGAUUCGACUGGAUUGCAUUGCCGUCCUGUCGAGAGCUACAAUUUCGGUCUACACGUCGAGGGAAGAAAGGGCGUUUCUUAUGUUCUGCGUUUUGCCCCUCGUCCGUAUCAGCUUUGCGAUCCUCUUUCCCUGCCAAUUCCUCCCCCUUGUCGCCACAUUCUGUGAUAGCUGACGAUGAACUUUCACGCUCUGGACCUUUUUUCCGCUGCCCUGCUUUCUUGGGCUCCUUUAUCGGUUGGGGCAGAAUUGUGCGCGGAGUCGGAUUAUGGGCAGCAGAGUUGUAGAGUUCUACCCUAAUGUGCUCGGCUAGUUUUACGAGCGCAGAUGUUCACUGAGCAUUUGUGUCUGAAAAACUUCCCGGCCGUCUUUGAGAAGCUCGAGUUCCUGACGAAGGGGCGGAAACUUCUCUCACCUUCCUACGAAGAAGAGGUGUUACUGCCCAGGAGCACAACCAAGCUUAGUCGCCCUUUCGAACGUUUCUCUUCUCCGAAAUGAACACGAAUAUCUAAGUUUUGAAACCGAGCAAAGCGAUUUUCCGAGAAGUUUUACAGGUGCCGGCAUUGUUUCAGUGCGAGGGCGAAGCACAGGUUAAUUGAGGAUUUUCUCAAAAUUGGCGAAAUUUUACAGACGAAAUUCAGAUGAACCUGAGGAUUCGGUGACAACAACUCAAUUUUUUCUAGCUUUAUGUGGGAGUGCUGACUCGGUCGUUAGGGAGGAUUACCUCGCCCAAAGGACGGUAAUAUCGAAACCAGAUUCGUGACGAGGUUCGGGUCGCACUUGAAUUUCCGAGUCGUCUCUGAAAUUUUGUCAACUUCGAAGACUUUCGUGGACACCAACAGUACAUAGGUCUGGUGGAUCUGCUUUGAGGGUUAUAGCUGUGGAGCCCAAAACUGAUCGCAGAACCACGCGGAGGUGGAUCCGUCGCCAUAGGGUGUCGCAUUCCCUUUAUUUGGUUGACAGGUUACUUCGGUCCCACAGAAGUAGACGUUCCGUGACAUCGUGACUCUCCAGUUUGGAUUCUUGGAAGCACGUAAGCGGAUUGGGAAUUCUCAGAGGAACUGUAGUCUUUCGGUUCAUUAUGCGAAAAGAGGAUGUGAACAUAUUUCAUGCCGUGUCACAUGCUUCGACCUGAGGCCAACCAGCGGGCACCCUGAUCGCCAACUGCGAUUUUAGAAAGAGUGGCGAAAUCCGGACAAGCUGACAAUCAGCAGCUUGUAAGUGGAACAGUAUGCAGCGCCAGUUGUUAGGACAAACGCAGCUUCGGCGGAGCAAAUACCGGGUGGGAAGUGGAGUCCUCGUCAGAUUUCUGUGGUUGUGCGGUUAUCUCAGUGUCACCUUCGCCGCUUUGCUGUCCACCUAUGCUUUCCCGGAGUUGCUGUCAGUCUUCCGCCAGCAACGUAGUCAAAAGUACACGAACUAUCAGAUCACGGCUAAGGGUGGUGAUCUGGGAGUACAAAGUAGAAGAACUGAACUAAGCUGGAAACAGGAAUUCCUCCCACCUCAUGUUUCCCGAGGAAAUCUGGCUAACGUAACAGCUGAUAACCACGAUGGCUACAAUAAGUUGUGGAAGCCUCCACCAAAUAGAGAGUACACCGCCUGUGUGGAUCCCAGCUCAAAAUAUAAAGCUCCUCCGUUGCAGUCAAGAGGAUACCUACUAGUGUCAACCAAUGGCGGCCUCAAUCAGAUGCGCGCUGGGAUCUGCGAUAUGGUGGCAGUUGCUCGUCUAAUCAAUGCCACGUUAGUUAUUCCCGAGCUUGACAAGCGAUCAUUUUGGGCAGAUAACAGCAAUUUCUCGGAUAUCUUUGAUGAUGACUACUUCAUAGAAGCACUGCGAGGGGACGUUCCUGUUGUGAAGAAACUUCCCCCUGAACUUGCGAGUGCCCCCAGGGCAAGUAGGCAAUUUAGGAGCUGGUCCAACACGAAGUACUACGAGGAAGAGGUUGCUUCCUUGUGGGACGAAUACCAGGUUAUAAAAGCAUCCAAAUCGGACGCAAGGCUAGCAAAUAAUGAUCUACCAUCAGAUAUUCAGAAACUUCGGUGUCGUGUACAUUAUGACGCACUUCGCUUUGCACCUGUUAUUGAAGCCUUUGGGAAGAUGCUGGUGGAAAGGUUGAGAGCGAAUGGUCCUUUUAUUGCUUUACACUUGCGCUACGAGAAGGAUAUGCUGGCCUUUAGUGGCUGCACGUACGGUUUAACUGAUGAGGACGCUGACCUGCUAACACUUAUUAGAUAUCGAACCCCUCACUGGAAAGUCAAGGAAAUAAACGCAGCGGAACAGAGAGCAAAGGGCUUUUGCCCUUUGACUCCCAAAGAGGUCGGUAUUUUUUUGAAGUCUCUGGGAUACCCCGAAAGUACACAAAUAUACGUCGCUGCCGGUGAAAUUUAUGGGGGCGAUGAGCGAAUGGCUGAUCUUCGAAUGUAUUUUCCGAACUUGCUGCGGAAGGAAACAGUGGCUACGGCGGAUGAACUUGCGCCCUUCAAAAAUCAUGCAUCGCAAAUGGCUGCACUGGACUAUAUUGUGUCCGUGGAGAGUGAUGUCUUUGUGCCCUCCUAUUCAGGGAACAUGGCACGAGCUGUUGAAGGACAUCGUAGAUUUUUAGGUCAUCGGAAGACUAUCAUACCUGACAGGAAGGAGCUUGUGGCUCUCUUUGAUAAACUUGAAAUUGGAGAAUUGGAAGAAGGUUCAGAGCUUUCAAGAUCCAUAGUGUUACUUCAUCGGCAAAGGCAAGGAGCACCCAGAAAGAGGAAAGGUCCGAUAAAAGGAACAAAAGGAAGAGAUCGAUUCAGGACCGAAGAAGCCUUCUACACAAAUCCUCUUCCCGACUGUCUGUGCACAAAGCCUGGUAUGUCGGGUAAAGCUAGCAGUAGCAGAAAGCAUCAAACAUUUUUGCAUGCCGUAUCAGACCUUGGUAGCAAAGUGGAGCACCAAGCUGUGAUGGCGGCAAGGGAUCUCCAGCAGUAGCUUUUCCAAGUGAGGCUGUAGUCUCUGUAUAAUGUGCAUGGAGCUGUAGAGUAAAUGAUUCAAUUUGAUCCAUUAUGGAUCCUGCUGCGUUGUGUAUCUUCAACACACAAAUGUAUAUCUGCAAGAUGUACGGGCUAAGUGAUGAAGUCUCGGAAGCCAGACCACGAAUUUUUUAUGCGCAGUUAUCAGAAAAUGGUCGGAUUUUCUGUUGUCAAGCCCGGUAUAUCUUAGAAAUCUUACGUCUUCCACUGAACCUGAGGUCCAGUCUAGUAGGAUCACGUUGGAGCCCGGAAAUUUGUAAAGCCUUUGUUACCGGGCCAGAAGAUAUACCAUUUCCAGUGUAAGAUCUGAUACUCUUAACAAAUCCAAGAUGGCAGCUGGUGUCGGAGCAGAUUUAGCACACAUGGAAGCGCAGUUUUGUGGACUGGUUGGCGUUGAAGGAUGCAGAAGCUCAUUUGUAGAAAAUGGAGAUUUUGUAGGCCGGUUCUAUGAUAGCGCAAUUGUACGUUUCUCUGCUGUAUACGCGAGAUUUGUAACAAGGACCCUCUUUGUACAGUAUGCCAGGUGAUUU